CUGGACCAGCUUCGGAGUCUAAAAAUGUGGCCGAGAGGUAUGGUAUGCAGUGCCUAGUCGAGGUUCAUGACGAACUGGAAAUGGACAAGGCGAUCGAGGCGGGUGCGCGGAUCGUUGGAAUCAACAAUCGCGACCUGCGAACGUUCCACACGACGCUCGAUGUCACCGACAAACUGGCGCACAGGGCGCCAUCUGGGUGCAUUCUAGUGAGCGAGAGUGGGAUCAAGACGCGGGAUGACGUGGAGCGUAUCAGACGCGCAGGUGCCACUGCAGCGCUUAUAGGUGACGCCCUUGUUUCUGCGCCUAGCCCUGGCGCUAGGCUGAGAGAGUUGACAUGUCAGGCGCAGACUUACUUGGAUUACUAUUCUGUCCAAGUUGUUCGACAACAGUUGCAACUGAGGGAUCAAAAACAUGCAGAAUUAAAAAAAUUGGUUGGUAUUUUUGCCAACCAGACUGCUGAUUUUGUAAACAGUGCCAUCUAUCAGUGUGGACUGGACUAAUGUGUUCUGUUGUGUUGCAAUGGUUUGGUUUUGACACCCUGCUUCUAGGACAGCAUCAUACUCCGUAUUUAGUGUUUCAACCAUGCAGAUUCUGCAGAUUUAGACUCAAAUUUAACGGA